UAGUCAUUUUGUGUCUUGUUAUUUUGUGUCUCAUUUUUGUCAUUUUGUGUCUUGUUUUUGUCGUUUUGUGUCUCAUUUUGUCAUUUUGUGUCUUGUUAUUUUGUGUCUCAUUUUGUCAUUUUGUAUCUCAUUUUGUCAUUUUGUGUCUCAUUUUGUCAUUUUGUGUCUUGCUUUUGUCGUUUUGUGUCUCUUUUCAGUAAUUUUUGUCGUGACCUAAACAUGUAGCGGGCAGCAGGAACUGAUGGGACUCAGAAACACCCCCACAAUUUAAUCAGUUGUUCCUUGGAUCAUUUCUGAUGGAUAAGUCCUGAUAAGUCCUCAGUGGUGGAUUUGUAGUAGGAUCAUAAUCAGCUGAUGUAGUGUUCACUUGUUGUCAUGGUUACAGUGACACCGUGCUGUUAUCUGGCAAUGAUACAGAAAUCUUUAACAAAUCUGUGGAUCCAGACUAUAAGCUGCAUCACUGCCAGAAUCUAAUCAGUUGGUCCUUGUGUCAUUUCUGACCUUCAAUGGAAAUUUAAUCCAUAUCCGUUGGUCUGUUUUAGAGGAAUGUUGCUGACAGACAGACGGACAGACAUAUGUGUUCCUUGACAGAGUAAUGUAUGGGAUGCAAGAAAUUGAGGCCUCCUGUGGUCAGAGUUUCAGCUAAAUCUGUUUGGUUUUUGAAAACUGCAUUUUUCUAGACAGAAUUCUAGUUUUCCACUCCAAGCUGCCACAGAGCCUCCAUUUUAUCUCAGCUGCUCCCGCUGUUGAUUUGUGUCAUUGUUAAUCUCACCAUAAAUAAACAUGCAGCAGCAGAACAAACACUGUUCCCUGAUCGGGUUCAGAUUUCUAACGCUGAGUUUUCCAACCUCACCAACCUUCAGAUUGAAGUUGAAGUAGAAAACUGAAGUGGAGGGAAAAUACAGACAGAAAAGAGAUGAGAGGACGCUGCUUUUUCAAUCAUCAGCCUGGAAAUCAAAGGUUGGAGGAAGAUGAAAGAAGAAGAAGGAGGAGGAGGAGGAGGGAAAAUAAAGAAUAUGUCACAGAAGAAAAGAGAUGUUAAUACACAAACUUUACAUCUUUCAUUUUCAGCUGUGACAGCGAUGCAGAGAAUAAAAUCUUCCGUUAGUCUGAGUGUCAGCAGUUUACCGGACAGACGACAGAAAGCUAUUCAUCAGAAAAAGAGAAAUAAUCCAUCAGGAUAUAGAGUCACAGCUCUGCUUCUCAGAUCUGAGGGAUGUCUUCAUGUUGAAAUAACACCAGAAACCAGAAUUAACGGCUUCACCUGCUGCUGUCAAGAAAAACAUCAGAUUCAUCUGCAUGUUUUCUGAUAAUUCAAGCUCUUAUAAGAUGUUUGGACAAGAAACAACACGUGAAAACAUGCAGGAAUCCAUGAAUAAACAAAAAGGAGUCAGUUUCAGGGUCAAAGACUAGAAAAGCCUUGAAAGAGCGCAGUCCUCCUCCAAGGCUGCACAUUACUCCAUAUGACAGAAAUGCAACAUUUGUUACUCUGCCAAGGCAUGCAGUGGAGUUGUGUGACGAUCUGCAUCGGCUUGUCUGUUUUCUGUCUGAGAGACACAAAAUGACAAAAAAAUCAGACACAAAAUGAUUAAAACGAAACUCAAAAACAAGACACGACAUGACAUAAAAUGACAAGACAAAACGACAAAAACGAGACACAAAACAACAAAAACGAAACACAAAAUGACUAAAACAAGACACAAAAUGACAAAAAUGAGACACAAAAUGACAAAAAUGAGACACAAAACAACAAAAACGAAACACAAAAACAAGACACAAAAUGACAAAAGCAAGACAUAAAACGACAAUAACAAGACACAAAACAACAAUAAUGAGACAAAAAACAACAAAAACGAGACACAAAAUGACAAAAACGAGACACAAAAUGACCAAAACGAGACACAAAGCGACUACAAUGAGACACAAUAUGACAAAAAAACGAGAAACAAAAUGACAAAAAUGAGACAUAAUAUGACAAAAGCAAGACACAAAAUGAUUAAAACAAGGCACAAAAUGACAAAAAUAAGAUGCAAAAUGAUUAAAACGAGACACAAAAUGACAAAAACAAGACACAAAAUGACAAAAACGAGACACAAAAUGACAAAAACGACAAACAACUGAUUAAAUUGUGGGGUGUUUCUGAUUCCCAUCAAUUCCCGCCACCUGCUACAUAUUUAGGUCACAUGAUUCGGUAUCCGUACAUAACGUACACAUGCAGAACACAUGCCUGUGCUCAGUGCAAGGUCAUUUAGUUUGUGGGUUCAUCUAUAUUAAAUGGACACAUUCUAUGUUGCUGUGAUUCCUGAUCAUCAGUAACUAAUAAACAAAUGCUGCAUUUCUGACAUAUGGGGGAAUGAGCAGCCUUGGAGGAGGUCUGAGCUCUCUGAGCGCUUUUCCAGUUUUUGUCUUUUUUUGGUCAGUCGUUUGUCUCACUUUUUGUUUUUCUGCGUCUUGUUUGAGUAAUUUUGUGUCUCUUUUUUUGUUGCGUGUCAUUUGUCCCAUUUUUUGACAAUUUGUGUCUCGCUUUUUGUUGUGUUUUACUAUAAGUUGUGUGAUUUUCAUCAUGACUUCAUUCAUUCAUCCUCUCUGGCUCGAUGUACAGCUUCAACUCAAUGACUGUGCUCUUCUGGACAGAAUAUUAAAUUCAUGAAACAGAAUUUUUUCUCCUCUGUCUGUUUAUUAAAAUGGAUUGUUGGGUUGUUUAUGUACCAACAUUCAUAUGAUUUCUGAAGCUCCAUCAGUCAGUUAGAACUGAAUAAACCUCUUAAAUGAAGGUGAAACAUCUUCAAGAACCAAAACUAGACGCCCAGUUUCUUUCUACUGAAUGAUUGUGGUCCAAUAAAAAGCAGAACAAACUAACGCUGAGUUUCCUCUUGUGUGUUUGUCUCCUCCAGGAUGAUUCCAGCCAACCAUAAAUACUUCCUGCUGAGCGACCUGGCGUCUUCCAGGGAUUAUGAACUCUGUGUUUUGGCCGUUUACGACGACGGCAUCACAGCUCUGACCGGAACAAAGCUGGUCGGCUGCGUUUCCUUCAGCACCGACUCCGAGUACGGACGCUGCCACUCCAUACGAGACCAGUUCCUGGGCGGCACCAUGAUCAUCAUCAUCGGCGGGAUCAUCGUGGCGUCCGUCCUCGUCUUCAUCUUCAUCCUGCUGAUGAAGUACAAACUGCACAGCAACCACUACAAGCAGAAGGCCAACGCUCGCCAUGCCAACGUCUGCUCGCAGACCAAUGGGGGAGGAGGGGGCGGGGCCAACAUCCUGGCCCUGCCGCCGUCCUCCUCCUCAGCAGGACAAGGUGGAGGCGUGAAUAAAAACUCCCAACCUUCAUCCUCAUCGGACGCAAUGGGCGGAGCUUCCCUUCGAGGGACGACCGUAGUGGACUUAAACCCCGCCCACGACGAUGACGCCAUCUCCCAAUAACACACAAGAAAACUGUCAUCACUCCCACAAGCCACCAAACCAAUACUCCACCUCCCCACCCCUCUUUUUUAUUUGUUGCUGGUGCCUGGAGCCAAACUCCACCUUACCCAAGGAGCAGCUCCUGUCAUUGGUGAGUAGCAGCGGUC